AUGGCAUGUUCCUUGAAGAGUGUUUUCUGUGUUUCUGAAUUGAAUGAGAGCGUGCUUGGCUCCAAAACCAAAGGGGCUUUGGUUCCUUGUUCCUCAAAAACUGACAAAGCAAAAUCAUGGGGUUGCUCUGUUUUGAGUAAUGCUUUCACGGGAGAAUCUGUUGCCCUCGAUGAAAAAGGUUUGGGGUAUAACAGUUCAAAAGCCUCUAGCAAUGUCCCUGUUCAUGCACAAACAACAAUUUGUAUAAGCAAGGCUUUGAUGUGGUGGAAAAAGAGCCAAAAGCCUAACAUGAUUGAGAUCCAUUCAGCACAAGAACUAGUCCAUGCUUUGCUCAACGCUGGUGAUUCAUUGGUUGUGGUUGAUUUCUAUUCACCUGGUUGUGGAGGCUGCAAAGCCCUUCAUCCAAAGAUCUGUCAAAUAGCUGAAUUGUACCCAAAAGCAAUCUUUCUGAAAGUCAAUUACGAGGAACUGAAAACCAUGUGUCACGGUUUGCGCAUUCACGUGUUACCCUUCUUCAGAUUCUAUAGAGGUGCGGAGGGUCGAGUUUGUAGCUUCAGCUGCACCAAUGCGACUAUCAAGAAAUUUAAGGAUGCCAUGGCAAAGCAUGGUAAUGAAAGGUGUAGUUUUGGUCCAGUAAAAGGUUUGGAAGAAUCCGAGUUGAAAAGUUUGGCCUCUAUUGGUGAAAUAUCACUUAAUUCUUCACUCUUGUAUCCCAAGCAAGAGAAAUUGGAGGAUUUGGUUGAUGAUUUUUCUGGGGUUUUGAGCACGGCGAGUAAAAACAGCGGGCGUAUGCAGGACUCUCUGUUCUGA